AUGGACGCGUCCGCACGCGCAGGAUGGAGCUGUGUGGCCGCCUCUGCCACCCCGCUGACUGUCUUCCAGCCUGCCGCCGCCACUCUUCCUGUCCUCGCCCGCCGCGAACCGAUCUACCCCGUCCCCGGCUCCUGGAAAGAGGGCCUCACUCCCUCCCAGAUCGAGAGCUGCACCGCGCGCGAAGUGAUGCCCGGCAUCCGCUCCGACGGCGUGCUCACCAUGCGCCACCCCUUGAUCACCGCCUUCAUGGCGCGCACCAAUCCGACGCGCGACGAUCCCGCGCUGAAAGACCACUUGAUGCUUGCGCUCAUCGCGACCCACGCAUUUUACAUGCCGCUGCACCCUGCACACGAGCUCCUCUGGGGCCACGUUCAUCGUUCGGACACAAUGGCCAUAGUCGACCGUAUAUUCGAGCUCUUUCCGCACCGGAUGGACGCCGACACCCGCUACGAAUUCGGUGAUGAAGAGGGAACAGUUAGGAUGCUUCGGCUCGUACACGAGCGUCUGUGGCGGCUCGAGAGAAAGGAGCCAGAGACGUAUAAGCGCAUCAUCGGGGAGCACCCACCGCCCCAGUUCAAUUCUAAGAAACGAACGUCACAUAUCUACGACCCACAGUGGAAACCGCGGCAGAUCGGGACAAGGCUGGCGAAAGACAAGCAGACCACGAACCCGGACCCGGACUCGGACUCGGAUUCGGUUUUGGAACCGCCGAGGAUGCGCGCCAGGAAAGCGCCCAUUCAAACUAGAAAACGGAGGAAGGUGGCUGCGUCCUCGGUCUCAAAUGUGGAUUCCGCCUCGAGAACCGUCACCCCACCAUCGACGAAGGAAUCGUUGCCAACUCCCUCACUACCAACGCCCGUGUCGACCCCUUCAGCCAGUCCUGCACUAGACCUCGUAGCCGCUACUAAAGUCGAACCCGGGGGUGCGAAGAGGAAGAAGGAGCAGAAGGAGACGCGCCCUGUGCGUGGCUCGGCUCGCAUCGCGCGCGCACUGGCCAAGUCCGCCGCCGCUCAGCUCCCGACCCCGGCGCCGUCUCCAGCCUCCGUGCCCGAGCCCACGCUCGCACCUGCCGCCCCGCGCCCGAGCCACGCGCGCUCGAUUUCCACCACAUCCACCGCGACGGCCGUCAGCGCUGCAUCCUCUACCUCCUCGACGGCUACGAUCGCCGUCCCGCACCCGCCCCCGCUCCUCGAGGGCGUCGUCAACUGGGAAGAGAAGGUUCGCCUCAUGGUGCCGGACCUGCCACCUCUCGAGGUACCCGUUAUCCAGCUUCCGCCCGACUGGCCCCGUAAGACAGGCGACGCCGAGCCGAUGGACGUGGACGGUGCCGCUCAGGAACCGACUUCGGCCCCCAGCAGGCGCAGCGCGCGCGCGAAGCACGAUUCGCCGAAGGCGAAGGCAGCCAAGGCACGGGCCGCGAGCGCGGUUGGCGCAGCCGUGGAGGCGCGUAGGGCAGGUACGGCGAAGGCGGCGACGAAGGCGAAGGCUAAGGCGGCCGCAGCUGCGAAGGUCAAGGCCAAGGCGGGUGUGAAGGCGCCUCAGAAAGCCGCCGCGUCCAAGACAAAGAAGGCUGCGCCUGCAUCUGUAAUGGCGGGCAAGGCUUGAACAUACUGGAUCACCAACCUCUCCUCAUCACCAUCAUCAGUCCCCACCAUCUUCUCGAUCUUCAUCCAGCCGAUUAUUUCGCAUCUAUUCUGCAUGGACCGCCUCGCCUUCAGUCAUCAUAUCC